CUCUGUUUUCUUAUUCUUACAGCUGCCCUUCCAGAUCAUAAUGCAGCAGAAAAAUGAAAGAACACAGCAGAAACUUACAUUGGAAAAGAAGUCACUCGCUGGCUCUUUCUAGAAGAUGGACCACUGGGUUUUGGGGGCUCAGGAAAUACUGCUUCCAAAAGCAGCAUUUCUUCCUAACUAAGAAACAAAGACUGAGUAAUCAGUCAGUUGGGAGGCCAAAGCAGAACAAACUGUGCAGGUAUCUCCAGUGCAGAAGGAAGACACUCAAAUUCCAGAGUCCGUGGGCUCCUGAAGUGCUUCUAAAUGCAAAAAGUCAUCAAAAACCAACUGCUGAACCUAGCACCUUUCCUGCAAAAACAUCCAGGAGGACAAGAAGGUGCUACUAUCAUGGUAAGACUAGAAACCCAUCUAUAGAGGCACUGAAGGAGCUGGACAAUGAGUCCUUCCAGGGUGAAGAUCUCUUGAGCACAGGAUUACAAACUAACACUGGUUUUAACAGCUUCCAGGGCAAUGGCCCCAGUGCCUGUUGUGGUGAGCUGUGCGGUGCUGCCUCACCUGUAAAGAAAGAUGGUCUUGCACAUGUUGGGGAGGACAGCAGUUAUGAUGAAGGCAACACGGUCCUAGUAGUUCUGAACAACUGUAAAAGGAAGCCUUGUUGCAAAGGGCUGGAGCAGAAUGGAACUUGUGGCCCCUUGACUACCCAAAAGAGGUCCAAAUUUAACCAGUAUAUUGUACAAAAGAGAUCCUUAUUUAUGAUGCAUAAGAAACUUUCUAUGCCUAGGCUUUGGUAUAGAGUCGUAAAAUCCCCGACAGGCAGAGCAAGAGGAAAGAUCUGCAAAUCGAGUAAAGCCAAGCCUAGCUGGGUGGAGAAGGUUACCAGGGACUGUCAGGAGACUCUCCAAGAGAACUCUAAAAGGGCUUGGUGUAGCUGGCUUUCCUGUUGGAUAUCUAAGAGUCACCCUCUCUGGAACCUGUACAGCUCAUCAGAUAUGAACAAUAAUACACCCGAAUCUGUAGCAGAGGAGAAUGAAACGCAUACAUCUGACAUCUGCCUUACACAGGAUGCAUUGCAGUGCAACGAGCUAUUUUCUGAGGAGCUGGCAUCUGGAGACCAGGAUGGCAGUGUUAAAAUCUGCCAGCCAGAGCUGCAUGAAGCAGCUCCUCUGGUGGAUACAGAGACCUUGCAGGGGGUGGAGUCGGAAGAGGUACCUGCAGUGGACGGUUGCCAUGAUGAUGAUUUUUUCAUCUCAGUAACAGAAAAAGAAAUUGCAAUUUCAGGGCAAGAAGAUAUAGACUCUGAUCAGAUUAUGGGCAUUGAUGGAACAAUAUCAUUGGAAUCCUACAAAGAGGAUUCUAGCACGAAUGAGAAUGGACCUUUCUUUAUGGAGCUGGCACAAAACGAAGACAGCUGUAGCCAGAUGGAAGUAGAAAGCUCCCUAAACCUCGACAUUUUUAGUUCAAAGCUAUUAGAUCACCCUUACUGUAAAAGCCCUCUUGAGGAGCCUCUGCCAGAAAGCACAGGACUAAAAUCAGGAACUCGAAAGGGAAGCAAAAGGAACAGUCAGAAAGCAUCUCAUGUGGCUGAUGAGCAAUUGGCAGCGUGGCUUUGUGGAUUCCUGGAUGAAGUUAUGAAGAAAUAUGGCAGUUUAGUUCCACUCUGUGAAAAAGAUGUCAUGGGAAAAUUAAAGGAAGCCUUUAACGAAGAUUUUUCCCAUAGAAAGCCUUUUAUCACCAAGGAAAUCAUGAACUAUCGGGCAAAGCAUCCAAAAUCUUCCACUUGCAAUUUCCGGGUCUUCUAUAAUAAGCACAUGCUAGAUAUGGAUGAUUUGGCUACACUGGAUGGUCAGAACUGGCUAAAUGACCAGAUUAUUAACAUGUAUGGCGAGCUCAUAAUGGAUGCAGUCCCAGACAAGGUUCAUUUCUUUAACAGCUUUUUUCAUAGGCAGCUGGUAACCAAAGGAUAUAAUGGAGUAAAACGAUGGACUAAAAAGGUGGAUUUGUUCAAAAAGACCCUCUUGCUCAUUCCAAUUCAUCUGGAAGUCCACUGGUCCCUCAUUACAGUGAACAUCCCCAAUCGAAUUAUUUCAUUUUAUGAUUCCCAAGGCAUUCAUUUUAAAUUUUGUGUAGAGAACAUACGAAAGUAUUUACUAACUGAAGCAAAGGAGAAGAAUCAUCCCGAGUUUCUUCAGGGUUGGCAGACUGCUGUUACAAAGUGCAUUCCACAACAGAAAAACGACAGUGACUGUGGGGUUUUCGUGCUCCAGCCUUUUCAUUUUCCUCAGUACUGCAAGUGCCUCGCCUUAGACCAGCCUUUUCAGUUCUCCCAGGAAGAUAUGCCCCGAGUAAGAAAGAGGAUUUACAAGGAGCUGUGUGAACGCCAGUUAAUAGACUAAUAAAACUAAAGUCAAGCUAUUCCUCUGGCAUUUCUGAAGAGCUCCAGCUGGUGUUUGUGUACUUGAAUUUCUGAAAACUUCCGUGAAUUUCAAACAAGUCUCAGCUGAGUGGUGUGGCCACUAUUGUUACCUCAACUUUUUCUGACAUGCUCUUUAACUGGCAGAGCUUAAGAGACCUGCCACAAAAUAUUCCUAAUGUCAGUUCGAUUCUCUUUUAUGUUCUUUCCUGUAUUUAAUAUUUAUUAUCUAAGCAUGCGUAUAGGCAGAGCAUGCGACUAAAAAAAGUAUAAAACUGUAGAUUUGGUGCACCUUUGAAAUGUAGCUAGAAAUGACAGAAUACAGGUUAAAAAAUUGUCUGAAAACAUAAAGAUGCAUGAUCCGUUUUUCUGAUGCAAUAAUGCUUUGAAUGUAUCAAGAAAAAAAAAAGACUCAAUGCCAUAAAAAGAGCAGCUAGAACCUUUUGAAAUCUCAAAUUCCACUUUUUCUCAUUGUGGCUGUGUAGUACUGAAUUCCCACCUCUUUUUAUUUUAUUUUUAGGCAGGUUAAACUUGCCUACAAAUUUGAUUUGUGGAAGACCCCCACUUUCUUUAUUAGCAACUAUUUAAAAAAAAAAAAAAAAAGGAGGUUUGUUCUGUUAACAUUUAUCUAGCUGUCAUGACCACCUUGUUCCCAUGGUUGGAAAGCAGCCUUUGCACAAAUGAGACUUCAGCACUUGACUGUAUAAUAAAAAGUGUGAAGAUGUUCA